AAGAGCAACAUCAGAGAAAAUUUGCAAGUUGUCAAAACAUUGUGUCAAAAUUCACGUUUACUUAUUUAUCUAGAAGAAACCACGAUAGGGUUUGUCGAGUGGAGCGCCUUGGAGGGCAAAGCUUUUGAAAUAGAUUGCGGGAUCUUUUGUUGACCAAAGUAUGGACAGAUUUGGUAAUAUAUACUGGCCCGAUUAAAUGACAUGAAACGUUGUAAUAUAAUCCGUGGCUUCAAGUUGAACUCUGGCGAAGCGUUUUGUGAACUUGGUGUUCAAAAUAAAGGAGGGGACAGUAUUUAUAGUACAUUGGUCGGCCACAUGGUCCGAAAUCGUGGCAAUUGAAAGGCUAACGCGUCCGCAUCUCAGGCUCUCUCAAAAGCGGAUGUUUUCACAGUGAAUUUUGAUACAAAUUUUCAAUAUGUGUCUGGUAAUUGACACACAACAACACUGUCUAGUUGAAAGUCUGUGAAGGAAAACAAGACUCCCAGCAGUGAAAAACAAUCACUUGAACCGCCAGAAGUUUGAUUAUUGGUAUUUGUAUAAAAUAAUGCACUUGGAGAUGUCCAAGACACAACAAAGUCGUGCAAAUAUACCAUCAAAAAGGCAAGGAAUCGUAUACAAUGGCGAAGAACAAGCCUCUCAUUUCGACGGCCUUCCAUCAUCUUUGGUUCAAGGUUAUAACUAUUCCACCGGACAAAACGGUGCCAACAAAGGCUCUAAUCUUGUAAAAUACAACAAAGAAGAUGAAACUAGAAAAAGUACAGGCUCUAUACAUAACUUCGGAGCGAAUCCAGAGUAUUUUCAUGUUCGAAGCUCGAGCGAUACGAGUGAAAUUAUGUUACCGGCUUCGUAUGCAACUCGUAAGAAUAAUGAAAGGAAUGGCGAGCGACCAGAACGACCUACAUCAGGCGACAGUUUUAACGCUAUUUUACAGCGUUUUGAAAACGCCAGCUUUCAAGGACAAUUGGGACAAAGACUUACUCAGUUGACAACAAAGAAAGGAAAUGACCGCACGGACUGGGGUGGUAGUAAUAAAGUAUUUAAGUCGCCAUUGACGUCGGGCACAGCAAGUCCAAUUUCAGACAAGAAAGCAUAUUUAAACCUCAAACGCAAGGGUUCCCUGAAAACAAGCGCUUCGAGGAAGAGUAAAUCUGACGAAAAGGGGGGAAUAAUCGACGAACGCAAUUGGGAAAAGCCCAGGAAAGCUUUUGCCCACUAUGAUGUACAAAGCGCAUCGUUUGACUUUGAGAUUAUUGCAAACAACAUUGCCAAGAAUGGCGAUUCUCAGCGACGCAAGAACAUGAUCACUGGAGCGUCUGCUGCAUCAGGACGGGAAACUGCCGCAGUUAUCGCUGAUAAGAGUGAAAUGACGUGCAGCACAAGUGAUGAGAAGGACCAGGAAGAGGGAGAUUUUAAAACAAACGAUCUCGUCCUCUCCUGCCCCUAUUUUCGUAAUGAACUAGGAGGUGAACAAGAUGAAAUAUUUGGUGAAUUUAGAUAUAAUUCAUCCUAUAAAACUCUUAAUGGACAAAAGAGCUUAAACAAGAGGCAUUCGACCCUGGAUGUAGUACUCACGGCAUAUGAUUCUAUAAGGCGUGGUCAGGUAUUUAGUGCAACUGGCGUAACCAUACUGGAUUCCCAUACGACUCAAGGUGAAGGAAGCGAACCCUAUGAUUUGUCUAGUGUCGAAGAUAGGAAAAUGUUUGAGCAUGUGGAUCAUGGUGCAUUCUACUACAGACACUACUUUCUCGGUCAAGAUCAUGUAAAUUAUGUUGGCGAGGAUGAGAGAUUUGGAGCGAUGGCCAUUUCAUACAAGAGAGAAAAGACAGAGAUUCCUCUGAAUGGUGAAGAAGAGGCUACUAUUAGUCAGUACGAAUAUCGAGUUAUCAUCAGGACCAGCGAGAUGGAAACAUUGCGAGGCAGUGUUCUCGAAGAGUGUAUUCCUUCAACAUCUCGCCAUGGCACAGCACGGGGUCUACCUCCAAAGGACAUCUUGGAGUAUGUUUGUCCCGAGGUCAGCAUAAACUCCUUAAAACUGGCCACAGCUGGAGCAAAGGUUUCUGAAAUACUCUUGAAAUUGGAUGAACAGGGGGUGACACGACAGCACAAGAUUGGUAUAUUGUAUUGUAAAGCUGGUCAAAGUACGGAAGAAGAAAUGUACAAUAAUGAGGAGGCCGGACCCGCUUUUAAUGAAUUCAUGGAUUUGAUCGGAGAUCGCGUCGUAUUGAAAGGCUUCGAAGGUUAUAGGGCACAACUUGACAAUCGAAAUGACUCCACUGGUGUGUAUUCGCUAUACCGGACAUUUCGUGGUCGAGAGGUGAUGUUUCAUGUUUCAACAAUGCUGCCAUAUACGGCUAACAACAGACAGCAGCUUCUACGUAAGCGUCACAUCGGCAACGACAUCGUGACUAUCGUGUUUCAAGAACCAGGUGCGCUGCAAUUUACACCAAAGAGUAUCCGUUCACAUUUUCAACAUGUUUUUAUCCUGGUCCGUGUUUACGAUCCUGGUACACCCAAUACGAGAUACCACAUUGCCGUUAGUCGUUCAAAAGACGUUCCAGCCUUUGGUCCACCAAUUCCUGCAGGAGGGAUAUUUACGAAUAAGGAGGGAUUCAAGACGUUCUUAAUUACAAAAUUAAUCAACGCGGAGAACGCCGCUCACAAGUCGGACAAAUUUCGUGCCAUGGCCGUGCGUACGCGACAUGAGUACCUCAAGGACCUGGUGACGAACUACGCGACCAACACCACCGUGGAGAGUGGGGCUAAGUUUGGUAAAUUUUCGCUUUCUUCAAAGAAGAAAGAGAAGAAUCAUCCAAACAUCAAUCCUGAACUUCUCUCCAAAGGAGGGUUAUCUUGGGAUGUAGAGGUGGAUGAUCAUCGUAACACAUCAGUGAUAAAGUGUUUUCUUGUUCUGUCAGUCGAGUCAUUUGUACUCAUCCAUGUGUCGACCAGGGAAGCAAUAUUCUACAUUCCAUGUAAGGCUAUUAUUGGCUGGACACCAAUGUCGAAAAAGCUGAAGAUUUUCCACGGCGUUGGAGAUUGCUUGGUGUUGAGUCUUCCCAGUCCAGAGGAUAUCCCAAGCAUCGUGAGGAGACUCGAGAUUGUUACGAUUGGCUGCCAGACAAUAUCGAUGACUCUACGCCGUCAUAAUGCUGGGCAACUCGGUUUCAAUGUCCACAACGAGGGAAUGGUUGUCGACGUUGAACCCAAUGGUCUCGCGCAGGUCGCUGGGCUCAGGCAAAGUUCUCGUUUAGUCGAGAUCUUCGGAAAGCCAGUAGCAAUGAUGGGUUAUGAUGAAAUGAUAUCAGAACUUCGUCGACCAAGUCACGUUCCUGUUGUCGUCAUUCCACCGUUUCCGAGCGGAAAGCCAAGAAAAGGUGUUCAACUUGCUGCGGUGAACUACAACUCGCCCACGGAAUCUCUGAGCACGUUUAAUACCUCACGAUCUCAGCAAUCGUUGGAACGGAGUCCUCACUCCAGUAUGCACGAGCCAGAGAAUGGUAACUAUUCAAAUACCUCGACUCUCAGGUUGUCUCCUCAGGAUUCCUCGAAAGAGAUUGAGGAAACGAAAACAAACGGCGUACCUUGGAUACGAAGACCAGGUUCUCCAGCUAACAGCGAGGAAAAGUAUUCUGAACACGGCUCAGCACGAUCAGGUACAUCUCAAGAACAAGCACAACGCAAUUACGGCAGCAGCUACACCCUGACAGGCAAGAGAUCUGCAAUUCAACCCAGCGAGGGAGGGACUGUCUUGUCACUCAAAUAUAUUCCAAGAACUGACCCCUCCACCCCUAAGGCCGCAGAAAGCCCGCGCAGGAAUGAUGACUACAAGACCCCCGAGUCGCAAACUAGGACUUACAUAUACACACGAACCCCGAAAGUCACAGACAAGAAGACAGCUGUCGAUUUACUGCAGUCCAAGUUGGGUGCGCAAACCAGGGGUGACCCAAUGAAUCCUCGACAUUUCCCUCGGGCUCCCCCAUAUCCCGGUCCUAAACCUUCCCGCCCCCCUGAAUAUACUCCUCACGACGAGCGACGCGCAUUGAACCUGUACAAACCAGAUACAGCUAAGAAGCCGCCGCCGUCCGGUCUCGAAGGAAUGCAUCCACGACUGGAAAUAAUACAUUCAAGAUCGAAGUCCGAGCCCUGGGACCCAGGUUAUAUCCAGGACGGUUCGCGCAGGACUUAUAAAGAGACGACACUUGGACCAAACAUCACGACCGUGGAGACAUUCCGAGAUAACUACGAUAACGCCAUGUCGGAUACUGUCAAUCAAAUCGAGAAAGCCUUCGGGGGACCGUCGGCCCGCUCCGAUCAUUCGCCGUCCAUGCACGGCACGAGGAAAAGCCGUCGUUCUCCGGCGGUACCUCGGCUGCAAGAUUCGGAAAGUCAUUUAUCCAGCACGUCGAACGAGAGUCUGCCCACCAGCGAACCUUACAGUGAUUCGGAACGCGAGCGAAGUUCCAGCGGACAGAAAAAACCCGUGUCGUCUAAACGGCUUGUUAGCAAGAAAAUUGGCGUGCGUGCUGAGAUUACUAGCACUACGGCAAAGAGCCCCGGGACUAAGGACACGCACAGUGCCCGGGAGGUCGCUUCUCCGAGCAUCAAGAGUUCGACUACUGUGUUUGUUCGCUCCAAGUCAAACGAGGCACCCGCAGCCAUCAACACGGGGAGCGUGAAACGGACCCCGCGUGUACACAGCAACACCCUACCCCGGACUGUCAAUCGCGAGGAGGUCACUAUAUCUCGGGGGGAUCCUGGAGCGCUAACACCACGGAAAAGGCAAGGUUUAAUUCGCGAGCUUUCUCAGAAUGAUAACGCGUACGUCUACUCCCCCCGGCCAUUCCAUACGCAGGGUUCGAACACCCGGGGGGUCGGUGAGGCGGAAGCUUUCCAGUUUCCAGAUCCCGACACGAGGCGAAUUCGUGACGAGAAACCGAAGAUCGUUUCGCAGACGAAAAUAGCGUUGUCGCCGCCCGGAAGUAUGACGCAGUUGAAUAGCGAUAACUCGGGUCAAGGCUCCGCGCGGGCGCCGAAGCCAUCUGAGAAAGAUAAUCGGACGAACAAAGUGCCGUACUUUGUAAAGAACAAAAGGGAUCACACGGGGAUAACCCCGGAGUUGGUCGAGGAACGGAUAUCUAAGAUUGCCGGAAAACAACGAUCGAAACAAUCGGCCGAUGUCGGAAGGAGCCGUGAGGGUGCGGAGAAAGAUACACAAACAUUGAACAAGAGAACUCUUGGAGACAGCGCUCAGGUGAAACAGUACGACUCGCAAUCUUCGCUUAAUAAGGAAAACAAGAGCGAUCCCGUGAUGAGUGAGGUCUCCUAUCUUUUGAGCCAGACCGAUGCGAUGUCCAGGGAUGCUUCCUCGACCCUCGCGCACACUGAGCAAAUGUUAGCGUCGUGGGGAAAGGUCUUGUCAGAGAAGAAGGAUGAGAGCGAUGGUGCCAAGAAGUUGACUCACUCGAAUACCACAUCAGCAUUGCGAGCGAGGCUACCAUCAGAUGGUACACCAAUCAGCGUGUCAAUGCGACUCGGCCAGGCGACAUUGAAUGCCACUCCAAGAAGACAUAGCUUUGACGAACGAAUUUUAGCUCUGAACGAUGCGACAUUUGAGAGUAAAGAAAAUAUGACCAGUUCUCGUCAAACUUUAUUGUCGUCGAAAGAUGGAUUUCAUCGCAUAGCAGAAUUGGAAAGCAGAGUAACAGAGUUAUCAUUUUUCUUGCAAAAGGAGAGAGAGGAAAACAUCGAACUCAAGAGAAGAUUGUUGAAACUAGAGAAGGGACAAACAUCCCGUAGAUAGCGCUUCGUGUCGUUGUUGGUUAAGUAUCGACGUCUUCCGAAGCACGGGUUCUAAGUUGUGCGAAAAUUUUUAACAAUUUUAAAUGGACAGAUAGCUACAUAUUGUGCUCAGAAAUAAUUAUGAUCCCAUCAAAAGCAGAAGAAUGUUAAAUCCUGGUGCCAAUUUCAUUGUGUUGCUUGCAAAGAAUAUAAAGUGCCUGCAAGGCAGCUUAUCAGGUCCGUUUCUGUGAAACACACAAGAAAGCUGUUUUGCAUCGAAUCAACACACAGACAGCCCACACUGAGCUCAUUGGCACGAAGCCUUGAUCAUAUUCUCCGAACAGAGCGUCCAACAGACGGUAGCUAGCUUUUAAUUGUGGAUCCAUUUUAAACAGUGUAAAUAUAGAGAUAUUUUAUGUGAAAUAAGAGUGGGUUUUCUUAAGCAUUAUAUGCAGCUGAUGGAUGAUUUAACCCGCGCUUGUCCUUUCGUCAUGAAGAUCGAUAAGCAGAGUAGAUUAUAGAUGUAUUUAAUUUAAUAGUUUAUUUUUGCAAAAUGAUUUUGACGGAGUACGCCUGCCCGCGCUCUUGCGUAUAGAGAUACUUAUGUAUCACUAGAAGAAUAGAAACUUUUUAUUGUAGUCACACUUAAUAGUAUAUGUAUAAUUUAAUAUUUUAGAAUUCUA